AUGAUAAAUCACACUAGUCUACAUAUCAUCACACCCAGUGCAACAACACCAACAAUUUGGAAAAUGAAACAGUCACUCACACUCGUCUUCUUAGUAGCCAUUGGUUACGCCACCGCCCACACCACAUCACGUGACUAUUCGGGUGGGUACGGUGGCGGUUGCUAUGGUAGCGAUUGUGAUAGCGGUUAUGGCGAUAGUGGAUAUGGUGGAGGCUGUACUGGCAGUGAAUGUGGCGGUGGCUAUGGUGGUGGCUAUGGUGGCGGCUAUGGUGGAGGUUGCAGUGGUGGAGAUUGUGGUAAUUACGGUGGUGGCUAUGGUGGUGAUUGCAAUGGUGGAGAUUGUGGUAAUUACGGUGGUGGCUAUGGUGGUGGUUGCAGUGGUGGCAAUUGUGGAGGUGGCUACGAUGAUGCCUUCCCUGCUCCCUAUGGCGGUGAUUAUGGUAACGGUGGCAACGGCUAUGGAAAAGGUGGUAGUAAAGGCAACAAUUAUGGAAAGGUUUAUGGAGGUGGUAGCGGUAAGGGUAAGGGUGGUGGCAAAGGUGGCAAAGGCGGCAAAGGUGGCGCUUACAAACCCAACCAUUAUGGAAGCAGUUACUGAGGCACCAGUUGAGUUGUGGAUGAUUCUAAUUUGUUUGUGUCACACUCUCCACUGUCCUAUUUUUUUUACACACCUCUCAAUUCAACUCACUGUAAUAUAGUCGUGUUUGAAUUCGAGAUGAAUAAAACCUAUUCAUUCUAA